AUGGCUAAAAAAACAGAAGCUAGUAAAGAUCUAUGCGCAAUGUCCAAUAAUAAAAAUGAUGAAACAGAAGCUAGUAAAGACCUAUGCACGACGUCUAAUAAUAAAACAUAUCAAUUUAAACAUUAUGAAGCACCUGGAUCUAGGAAACAUCAGAAUGAGCAAAGGAUUAAGCUUCAAAAAGAAAUGAAACGUUUUAAGAACAAAUUUAAAGUUAAGAAAAGAAAAUCGAGGGUUAAGAACAAACAUCUAAAAGAAGCACCUAAACAACAAGUGGAUUCAUUCCCUCAAUCCUCGAAUGUAGAGGCAACUUCGUCCAUUUCUUUAGAAACGAGCACAAGCAAAACAGACUCACCAUACGCAGAACAAGUACCUGACCCAGUAUUGGAAAAUGCUUCAGAAUUACUACCAACCAUGCCAACUAUGUUACAGACGUGUGUACUUGAAAAUGUACCUUCAGAUCAGGUUGAUGAGAUCAUCAACUUUGUUUCUGUAGAGCAAAUUUAUGAAGACAGUCAUUUAUUAUUACCAGGGGAUUACUAUAACGAUGUCAUGUCUAGCCAAUUGAUUUACCACUUACAAUUGCUAGAUUAUCAUUACAAUAAUUUAAUGUAUAUAUUAGAGCAAGGUUAUGAAGACGGUCGAUUACCAAAAGAUAAUGAGUAA